AUUUCAGUCAAUAUGCAGUUCAUGUAAAAAAAAUUUGUUUAUAUUUAGUACAGGCUGCAAGAUGACUGAGGGUUGUGGUCAUCCUAAUAGGCUACAGAGUGGCGCUCGACGUUAUUCUAGAUGGGUUGAUGGUAGUAAAUCGCUCAUACCUGGUCUCCCUACUUUUAUACCGGACGUCUUGUCUGAAUUAGAAUUAGAGGCCCUAAUGACGCGGUUCAGGAUUGAUGAAAUAGGCUACAAACUGCAAAAUGGCUUACUCGACACGGAACUGAGGGCAAGGUCGCCUUCUCCCCCGCCCAUUUACGACGAAUGCGGUAAGCGGGUGAACACUCGAGAACAGAGGGGUAAGGAUAAGCUCAUGGCGGAGCGCCAGAGGCUUGUCGAGCACGCCAAGUUUAUUGUGCCGGGUUACAAACCACCACCAGACUAUCGUCCUUUUACCACACAAAAGUCUCGCAAGAUAUACGUCCCUGUGAAGGAUUACCCGGACUAUAACUUCAUCGGUCUCAUCAUUGGCCCACGUGGGCUGACACAGAAGCAGAUGGAACGUGAUACAGGUGCGAAGAUUUCGCUUCGCGGCAAAGGGUCCGUUCGAGAAGGUAAAGGCAGAAGCGCGACGAAAGACAACAACGAGGACGAAGACCUACACGUAAUUAUUACGGCAGACACUGAAGAGGCGAUCGAUCAUGCAGAACACCUCGUGAGGCGCCUACUGGUCCCGGUUGAAGAGGGAAAAAACGAUAUUAAGAGAGAGCAGUUGCGCAAGUUGGCUGAGCUGAACGGGACUUUGAGAAGUCACGAGCGCGAGGACAUGCACAUGGCGAGGUCAUGGACUAUGCCAAACAUCCACUGUUACUGGUGCGGGGAGGUUUCACACACUUCGAAUGACUGCACACAAAGGGGAAAUAUGAACACAGCAAGAACUCAACAAAAAGAGGCACCUAGAAGGGAGUCUAAAGAAGUGACCAAAGAUUACAUCGAGUUUUUGAAGAGUAUAGGAGAAGAUGUAACAGGGUUGGUAUCAGCUGAGGAAGAGAAUUCUAAACUGGAAGAAAACGACCGAAGCUACACUGACUUGUUAGAAUCCAUUGGGGCACUUCCAAGUCAAAACAAUAACAACAUGGAAUCUUAUCAAAACAGCGGUAAGAUGGGGUCGAUGGAAUCGAAUCAGGAGCCUAGGAAAGUAGAUCCUCUACCGUGGGAGAUAUACUGAGUUAUUUUUUUAGAAUAUGAAACGCGGAAACUCUAGAAUCUAAGCUGCUUUGCUGUUUUUUAUCAGAACGGAUGUGACGUGUUACAAAAGAAGGGUUAUGAUCUGAAACCUCCGAACGAGCUUCAAGUGAUUAGGGGCCUGGUCUGGAGCACGCUUAUAUGGUCUUGAUAUGGACGCGCGUGCUCGAAAACGUUGGAGCGCUACUUUAGUUUUAUGUAAAGAUGACAGGACAUCACAUUGCCGUCUCCAAGACUGUGACCACAAAAAAAAAGGCAGAAGAGCACUCUAUAUAUAUUAUCAUACGUGUUUAUGCAAAGGGA